AUGUCGUCUCAGCAGAGCGCCGCUUCGGCCAAAGGCUUUUCCAAAGGAUCUUCCCAGGGCCCCUCUCCGUGUCCUGCUCCCGCGCCUACUCCGGCUCCCUCCUCCUCCUCUUCUUGCUGCGGGGGCUGCUGUGGCUCUGAAGGCGGCUGCUGCCGGUCCGGCGCGGCCUGCUGCUGCUUUCCAAGGAGACGCCGUCAGCGCAGGCGCGGAUGCUGCUGCUGCGGAGGCGGUAGCCAGAGAUCUCAGUGCUCUGGCAACAACCUGGGUUCUGGCUGCUGCUCAGGCGGCUGCUGAGAUCGCCAGCGUCCCCUAAGAGUUGCUCUAGAGCUACCUGUUCAGCCGGGGAGCGGCCCCGCCUUGCCGCCUGCUCCCCGACCUCACGUCUCCUCCCUCCAGUAGUAACAGCUCCGCUGUGGGGGUCUCGGAGUUUGCCCCCCCCCCUUUAAAGCUAAUUGCACUUUGAUGUUCAGAAACCCACCCUGUUCUCAACCUCACAAAGCUCCCUGACCCCUGUGUGAUUUUCCUCUCCAGGAAUUUGAGAGUCCGGGGUGGGUACUG